UAAAGACAAUUCUUGCCUUUUUUUUCCUUCGACUAAUUAUCUUUCAUUAUUAGUACUGGUUUUUGCUUUAUUAGUUUGCCUUGUAUUUGGGUUCAGUGCCUGUUGAUGAGUUAAUAAUGUCUUUGGCUGUCGAGGCUGAAGGAGAGCAAAGUGAAGUUUUGGAGGGUAAGGAUGAGGCAACUCCGGAGAGGCAUGGUAAGCAUGUGUCUGAAACUGAUGACGAAGAUGACGUGGAUACCAAAAUUGAAGUUGGACCUCAGUACACUCUCAAAGAACUGAGUGAAAAGGAUAAGGAUGAUGAGAGCCUGAGGAAGUGGAAGGAGCAACUUCUUGGAAGUGUGGAUUUUGACAAUAUUGGAGAAACUCUUGAACCUGAAGUGAAGAUCCUUAGUCUCACAAUUCUGUCACCCGAAAGAUCUGACAUUGUUCUUAAUAUUCCGGAAGGUGGAAAACCCAAGGGAUCAUGGUUUAUAUUGAAAGAAGGUAGUCAUUACAGCUUUAAAAUAACAUUUGAAGUCUAUAAUAACAUUGUCUGCGGCCUUAAGUAUAUCAACACCGUUUGGAAAACUGGUCUCAAAGUUGACAGUGCUAAAGAGAUGCUUGGAACCUUUAGUCCUCAGCCAGAACCUUACACUCAUGUGAUGCCAGAAGAGGUAACCCCUUCUGGCAUGUUCGCAAGAGGAGCAUAUACUGCAAAAACAAAGUUUGUUGAUGAUGAUAACAAGUGCUACUUGGAGAUUAAUUAUACCUUUGAAAUCCGGAAGGACUGGGCUGAUUCUUGAACAAAGAACUUGGCGAUAGACAGAGUGGAUGCGUCUCAUCCUCAGUUCAGUUGAUGUUCUUAUGGCAUUAUUAGUCGCAGACUUUUCUUGCAUCCGAUCGUUCUAAGUUAUUUCUUUGUCAGUUAACAUUUCAUUUCCUGUCUUGCCUGUGGCACAUUCCCUGACAAUCUUCGUUGGGCUGUCUACUGAGUACUUGUUUUAAUUUUCAUAUCUUCAUUCGUUUAGUAGAUUGUAAAGAAUUGGUAAUAAUAGGAGUGGUAAGAUUUUAGAAAGCA